AUGAAUCCCUCUGGGUCAGACCCCCUGGGGGAGGGGAGACCAAUGGGGCCCCUACUGACUCUCCUGGUUCGCAGCCCAGUCCCUGACCACCAGCCUGCGUCUCUGUCCACAGGGAUAUCUUCCUCCGUGCAGGCUCUGGGCAAGCCCCAGUCCCUGGGCUCUGGCAUGGCGGGACAUGCGGGCUGCUGCUCGGUGGCAGCCCUGCAGAGGUGGCUGCCCAUCCUGGCCUGGCUCCCUGACUACUCUGGGCAGUGGCUGAAGAUGGACUUCAUCGCUGGGCUCUCAGUCGGGCUCACGGUCAUUCCCCAGGCGCUGGCCUAUGCUGAGGUGGCUGGACUCCCGCCCCAGUACGGCCUUUACUCUGCCUUCAUGGGGUGCUUCGUGUAUUUCUUCCUGGGCACCUCCCGGGAUGUGACUCUGGGCCCCACGGCCAUCAUGUCCCUCCUGGUCUCCUUCUACACCUUCCACGAGCCUGCUUACGCUGUGCUCCUGGCCUUCCUGUCAGGCUGUAUCCAGCUAGCAAUGGGGUUCCUGCGUCUGGGGUUCCUGCUGGAUUUCAUUUCCUGUCCCGUCAUCAAAGGCUUCACCUCUGCUGCCACCGUCACCAUUGGCUUCGGACAGAUUAAGAACCUCCUGGGACUGCAGGCCACCCCCAGGCAGUUUUUCCUGCAGGUGUAUCACACUUUCCUCAACAUCGGAGAGACCAGAGUGGGGGAUGCCGUGCUGGGUCUGGUCUGUAUGGUGCUGCUGCUGGUGCUGAAGCUGAUGAGAGAUCACGUGCCUCCCGUCCACCCUGAGAUGCCCCCGGGCGUGCGGCUCAGCCACGGGCUUGUCUGGACGGCCACAACAGCUCGAAAUGCUCUGGUGGUCUCUUUUGCUGCUCUGGUUGCGUACUCCUUUGAAGUGACUGGAUACCAGCCCUUUGUUCUUACUGGGGAGACAGCUGAGGGGCUUCCUCCUGUCCGGAUCCCUCCUUUUUCAGUGACCACUGCCAACGGGACAAUUUCCUUCACCGAGAUGGUCCAGGACAUGGGGGCUGGGCUGGCUGUAGUGCCCCUGAUUGGCCUGCUGGAGAGCAUUGCAGUGGCCAAAGCCUUUGCUUCUCAAAGCAACUACCGCAUUGACGCCAACCAGGAGCUGGUGGCCAUUGGCCUCACCAAUGUGCUGGGCUCCCUGGUCUCCUCCUACCCAGUCACUGGCAGCUUUGGACGGACAGCUGUGAAUGCCCAGUCAGGCGUGUGCACCCCAGCAGGGGGGCUUGUGACAGGUGUGCUGGUCCUGCUGUCGCUGGACUACCUGACCUCCCUCUUCUACUACAUCCCCAAGUCCGCCCUGGCCGCCGUGAUCAUCAUGGCUGUGGCCCCCCUGUUUGACAUCAAGAUCUUCAGGACGCUCUGGCGUGUAAAGAGGCUGGACCUGUUGCCCCUCUGUGUGACCUUCCUGCUCUGCUUCUGGGAGGUGCAGUACGGCAUUCUGGCGGGAACCCUGGUGUCCAUGCUGAUCCUCUUGCACUCUGUGGCCAGGCCCAGGACCCAGGUGUCUGAUGGGCCAGUCCUCGUUAUGCAGCCCGCCAGCGGCCUGCACUUCCCCGCGGUUGAGGCUCUCCGGGAGGCUGUGCUCAGCCGGGCUCUGGAAGCGUCGCCCCCGCGCAGCGUGGUUCUGGAGUGCACGCACGUCUGCAGCGUCGACUACACAGUGGUGCUGGGCCUCGGCGAGCUGAUCGAGGACUUCCGCCAGCGAGGCGUGGCUCUGGCCUUCGUGGGCCUGCAGGUCCCUGUGCUGCGUGUCCUGCUGUCUGCAGACCUGAAGGGGUUCCAGUAUUUCUCCGGUGUUGAAGAAGCAGAGAAGUACCUGAGGCAAGAACCUGGGACCCAGCCCUACAACAUCAGCGAAGACUCUGUUCCCGAACAUAAGGUCGCCCUGUUGAAGGCUUAGCUGGGCCCCUGAUUGGCGUCUGGCAUUUGAGGUCUCUCCCAGAGGGCUCUUGUCACUGUGACGUUGAUACUCCAUUG